AUGGCCUGGCCCGGGGGAAAUUUGCAAAUAGUGCUCAUUAGACCUGACACAUAUGGACCCGACACUGUGGCAAACAGCAUUUUAGGAAGAGAGGUGUUUGAGUCUGGAAAAAAUGUUACUCUGAAGAGUGAGAGUCAAGUGAAGGAAGUGAAUGGAAGGAAAGUAUGUUUGGUCAAAGCCCCUGUCUGGCUGAGAGGGUAUUCUCUGUGUGACACACCUAACCUUGUGAAAGAUGAACUUGUGCUCAGUGUAGCUCAGCACCCACCUGGACCCCAUGCUUUAGUCAUUGAGAUUGAGGCUAACCUGCCAUUCACCAACCUAUGCAGGAGAUCAGUAGAGCAGCACUUGGAGCUACUUGGAGAGAACGUGUGGAAUCACACUUUAGUGCUUUUCACUCAUUUGGACUGGCAGGACAACUACACAGUUGAGCAGCACAUUGAGAGUGAAGGGGAGGCCCUCCAGUGGCUGUUAAAGAAAUGUGCAAACAGGUAUCAUGUUUUUAACAGUGGUCAGAAUGACCUUCAGGUCGAACAGUUGUUCGGGAAGGUGGAAGAGAUGGUUACAGGAAACAGUGGCCGCCAUUUUGAAAUUGACAGUGCACUGCUGAGUCGCACUGAACAAAGAAGGAGUGAAGUGGAAGAGAAGGCAAAGGAAAGACGUCUAAGAGUGCAAGAGGGAAAAAAGCAGCCUAAAAGACAAGAUGACCUCAGACUUGUAAUGUUAGGAUGGGUCAUGGCUGGAAAAAGUGCAUCCGGAAACAUAAUCUUAAAUACGGACGACUUUGGAAAAGAGGGACACACAACAAGGAGUGUUAAAUAUUAUGGAGAGGUAGAGGAACAUAGGACAACCAUUGUCGACACACCAGGAUGGUGGAAGUUCUUGGGAGCAGAGUUCACAUCAGACUCAGUGAAGGCAGAGAUCCUGGAAGGUGUGUCUAUGUGCUCUCCAUAUCCCCAUGCCUUCCUCCUGGUGAUCCCUGCAGAUACGUCCUUCACAGAAGAACUGAAGAAGAUUGUUCAAGACAACAUGAAGCUGCUAGGAGAGGAGGUUUGGAGCCACACCAUAGUGGUCUUCACUUACGUGAAGUGGUUGGGUGACUUUACCAUUGAGGAUCACAUUGAGAGUGAGGGGGAAGCUCUACAGUGGUUGAUAGAAAAGUGUGGGAACAGGUAUCACAUCUUUGAUAAAGAUGUGAAGGAUCUUAAUAAUGUCCCAGAGCUGGUGAGAACAAUAGAAGAGAUGUUGUCAGGGAACAGUCCAUAUGAGGGAAGCAGAGAGACACUGAGCCCUGUGGAGGACAGGGUCUCCACAGUUGUCCAGAAGGAAGAUGCACCACUUUUAAAGAUGGUGGAAGUUCUCUACAGGGGAUGGGACUGGAGAGCUUCAGAGUGGAACGAAAUUGAGAAACGCGUACACAUGGCAUCAGGACCACCUCUUUCACAGGGAAAUCAGAGGAGUAUAGGGAGCAUGGAUCAGCCGUUGGAUUGUAAGUGA